CUAAACCCCGCCUCCUUUUGUCGCUACUCUCCUUCCGAUUGGCCGCUUCAUACGAGGCCUUGUGCCAUGAUUGGCAGCUCCGGCUGUCACUCUCCCACCCUUCCUCGAGUUCCCUGAAUUUGAAACUUUAUCUCUCUCUCUCUCUCGUUUUUUUUCGGAAGAGUCAAGUUUCAACCUUGGAUCCCGGGAGAGAUUCGAGAAAAAAAAGCAAACUAAGAAAUGCCCGAGAAGCCGCUGUUGUAAGCCGAUAACAAUUUCUCGUUCUGCGAGGAGGAAUCCCCGAAUUUUGCAUUUCGCAAGAAAAUAAAUACAAAAUUCUCUUGCAAUCGAUAUAUAUAUAUAAUAUAUUUUCUGCAAGGAUACACAACAUGCAGGUCAAGAUGCUUUCCUGAAGCCAUCGGCUCGGACUACAACUCCCAUCGCCCUGAAGGGAGAGCCAAUGCCAUGCGGCGAAGAUCGAGCCGGAGCCUCUUCGUGAAAUUUCCGGAAAGGAGCAGCCGCUCGUAAUCCAAACGCAAACACGACCAGCGUGCUUUCGUCUUUGUUUACCGACCGAAAGGCGGGAUGGACACCUUCAGCACCAAGAACCUGGCCCUCCAAGCGCAGAAGAAGGUCCUGAGCAAGAUGGCCUCCAAGACCACGGCCAGCCUCUUCAUCGACGACACCAGCAGCGAGAUCCUGGACGAGCUCUACCGGGUCACCAAGGAGUUCACCCGCAACCGCAAGGAGGCCCAGAAGAUCACCAAGAACCUGGUCAAGGUCAUCGUGAAGCUGGGCCUCCUCCACCGCAGCGGGCAGUUUGGCCCCGAGGAGCUGUCCCUCCUGGAGCGCUUCCGCAAGAAGGUCCACGCCCUGGCCAUGACGGCCGUCAGCUUCCACCAGGUGGACUUCACCUUCGACCGGCGGGUCCUCUCCGCCAUGCUCAACGAGUGCCGGGAGCUGCUCCACCAGGCCGUCAACACCCACUUGACCGCCAAGUCCCACGCCCGCAUCAACCACGUCUUCAACCACUUCUCCGACUACGAGUUCCUCUCGGCGCUCUACGGGCCGGCCGAGCCGUAUCGCACGCACCUCCCCAGGAUCUGCGCCGGGCUCAACCAGAUGCUGGACGAAGGAAACAUCUGAGACUCUGGAGGACAAUCUUCUCCAAACAUCUCCACCAACUCUUGAGGACCAUCUUCCUCAAACCUCUCCAUUGACUAUUGAGGAGGAUCUUCUCUGAACUUCUCCACUGAUUGUUGAGGAGCAACUUCUCUGAACUUCUCCAUUGAUUGUUGAGGAGCAUCUUCUGAACUUCUCCAUCGACUAUUGAGGAGCAACGUCUCUGAACUUCUCCAUCGAUUGUUGAGGAGCAUCUUCUGAACUUCUCCACCAACUACCGGGAGCAACUUCUCUGAACUUCUCCAUCCAUUGUUGAGGAGCAUCUUCUGAACUUCUCCAUCGACUAUUGAGGAGCAACUUCUCUGAACUUCUCCAUCGACUGUUGAGGAGCAUCUUCUGAACUUCUCCACCAACUACCGAGGAGCAACUUCUCUGAACUUCUCCAUCCAUUGUUGAGGAGCAUCUUCUGAACUUCUCCAUCGACUAUUGAGGAGCAACUUCUCUGAACUUCUCCAUCCAUUGUUGAGGAGCAUCUUCUGAACUUCUCCACCAACUACCGAGGAGCAACUUCUCUGAACUUCUCCAUCCAUUGUUGAGGAGCAUCUUCUGAACUUCUCCACCAACUACCGAGGAGCAACUUCUCUGAACUUCUCCAUCCAUUGUUGAGGAGCAUCUUCUGAACUUCUCCAUCCAUUGUUGAGGAGCAUCUUCUGAACUUCUCCACCAACUACCGAGGAGCAACUUCUCUGAACUUCUCCAUCCAUUGUUGAGGAGCAUCUUCUGAACUUCUCCAUCGACUAUUGAGGAGCAACUUCUCUGAACUUCUCCAUCCAUUGUUGAGGAGCAUCUUCUCUGAACAAGUCCAUCAAGUAACAUCUCUGAACUUCUCCGACUAUUGAGGAGCAUCUUCUUCUGAACAUCUCCGUCAAUUAUUGAGGAACAUCUCUGAACUUCUCCGUCCAUUGUUGAGGAGCAUCUUCUGAACUUUUCCAUCGACUAUUGAGGAGCAACUUCUCUGAACUUCUCCGUCCAUUGUUGAGGAGCAUCUUCUGAACUUCUCCACUGACUAUUGAAGAGCAUCUUCUUCUGACUAUUGAGGAGCAUCUUCUUCCAACUUCUCCAUUGACUUGAGGAGCAUCUUCUGAACUUCUCCAAUGACAUGAGAAUUCUUUGAACUUCACCAGUGACUAUUGAGGAGCAUCUUCUCCAAACUUCUCCAUUGACUAUUGAGGGGCAUCUUCUCCGAACUUCUCCAUUGACUUGAGGAGCAUUCUUUGAACUUCUCCACUGACUAUUGAGGAGCAUCUUCUCCAAACUUCUCCAUCAACCAUUGAGGAACAUCUUCUGAACUUCUCCACCGACUAUUGAGGAGCAUCUUCUCCAAACUUCUCCAUUGACUUGAGGAGCAUUCUUUGAACUUCUCCAUUGACUACUGAGGAGGAUCUUCUUCUGAACUUCUCCAUUGACUAUUGAGGAGCACCUUCUUCUGAACUUCUCCAUCAACUGUCGAGGAGCAUCUUCUUCUGAACUUCUAACUCAACUAUUGAGGAACAUCUCCAAACUUCUCCAUCAAUUAUUGAGGAACAUCUCUGAAUUUCUCCGUCAGCCACUGAGGAGCAUCUUCUCUGAACAAGUCCAUCAAGUAACAUCUCUGAACUUCUCCGACUAUUGAGGAGCAUCUUCUUCUGAACAUCUCCGUCAAUUAUUGAGGAACAUCUCUGAACUUCUCCAUCGACUAUUGAGGAACAUCUCUGAACUUCUCCAUCAACUGUUGAGGAGCAUCUUCUUCGAACUUCUCCCAAUUUGGGAGGAUGUAUGGCCUUCAAAUGUUUAAGGAUAGACUCUAUUUGGACGUGGAAGCUCUGUUUGUUUACUAAUCAUCCAAAACUGCCGAUUGUGGGAUUUCUGGAGAGCUUUGGUGUCUCUCCAAAGGAUUCUUGGAUUUUGACAAAGCAAAACCCGGGCACGUUAUUUUCUUGAAUGACAAUCAAGAGCCGAGUUUGUGGAUGUGAAAUAAAGUUGUUGUUUUUUGUAAA